GAUGACACAUCAUCUGAACCCUAAUCGUCUCAGACAGUCGCGUCGUCAUCUUUUUCAGCUUGAACUCGCACUAUUCCGCACACUCUUCGAGCAAGUCCUGAUUCGAUGAUCUUCCCCAUCGUAUGAACAACAAGUACAAAUAAUUUGAAUUAAAUUUCAGGGCUUUGUUCAUAUUGCUCUGAUAUAUGAUGAAGAGAAUGAUAGCUCUAGGGUUUGAGGGUUCAGCCAACAAGAUUGGUGUUGGUGUUGUUACCUUAGACGGCACUAUUUUGUCAAACCCACGUCACACAUAUAUUUCCCCACCCGGCCAUGGAUUUCUUCCUCGAGAAACCGCUCAACACCAUCUUCAGCAUGUCAUUCCUCUGAUUAAGUCUGCUCUAGAAGCUGCACAGAUAACCCCAGAUGAAGUUGAUUGCCUUUGUUACACCAAGGGCCCUGGCAUGGGAGCGCCGCUCCAGGUAUCUGCUAUUGUUGUUAGGAUUCUUUCCCAGUUGUGGAAGAAGCCGAUUGUUGCUGUGAAUCACUGUGUUGCGCAUAUUGAGAUGGGAAGGAUUGUGACUGGGGCUGAUGACCCAGUUGUGUUGUAUGUAAGUGGUGGGAAUACACAGGUGAUUGCAUAUAGUGAAGGAAGAUAUCGUAUCUUUGGGGAGACUAUUGAUAUUGCUGUUGGGAAUUGCUUGGAUCGGUUUGCUAGAGUCUUGACACUCUCCAAUGAUCCCAGCCCUGGAUACAACAUUGAGCAGCUUGCUAAGAAAGGGCAACAGUUUAUUGAUCUCCCUUAUGUCGUAAAAGGGAUGGAUGUUUCAUUCAGUGGGUUAUUGAGUUAUAUUGAAGCCACUGCUAUCGAGAGGCUUCAAAAUAAUGAAUGUACACCUGCAGACUUGUGCUACUCUCUACAGGAAACUGUUUUUGCAAUGCUUGUGGAGAUUACAGAACGGGCAAUGGCCCAUUGCGACAUGAAAGACGUUCUUAUUGUUGGUGGUGUGGGUUGCAAUGAGCGUUUGCAAGAGAUGAUGAGAGUAAUGUGUUCUGAGCGAGGUGGAAGGUUGUUUGCUACGGAUGACAGGUACUGCAUUGAUAAUGGAGCAAUGAUUGCAUAUACCGGUAUUCUUGCUUUUGCCCAUGGCUCCUCAACUCCGCUAGAGGAAUCUACGUUCACCCAACGUUUCCGGACUGAUGAAGUAGAAGCAAUCUGGAGAGAAAAAAAAUGAGUCAACUAUUAUGAAUGGUGUAGUUGAAGAUCACAUCUAGAUAAAGCGUAGCUGUAGACAUCUUUUUAUUUUUGCGAUUCCUUCUUUUUGUUUAAAACUUUAUGUGGAUUAAUUUGAGUUAUUCAUAUGUAUUGGGUUUGGUUCCUUACAAAUAAUCAUGAUUAGCGUA